CAAGAUCCCUCUCCUCCUUGGCUUAGUGCGUUACAGUGUUAGUUUCCCCUGAUUCCGAUCAUUUCUUUCUAUAGCAUUUCAUUUGCGUUUUCAUUAACCAACUCGAUGAUAAAAUUAGAAGGAUUUGAGAUUGGACUACUCUUAUUUCUACUAUUUCUGAUUUCUAUUAUCCCAUCUUCCGAUGGAUUAUUAUCAGUAUCGUGUAUGAUGGAGUACGACAAUGGCGGUGCUCCUGCCGUUUAUAGCUCUCCAGAGUGUCAGCAAUGGGUUCUCUCCUCCACCGCGUCUCUUCAAAAUCGAAGUCUACAAAAUUGCCAGUUCUCUAUUCUUCAAGGACGCAGAGAGUAUCAAGAGGAUGCCAUAGCUUGUAAUCUUUACCUGAAACUAUUAUUGCCAGGCAAAAAUGGGCUUGAGGAGGAUACAGUCGGUAUUAUAGCAGUUUUUGAUGGACAUGGUGGUCAGGAAGCUAGUAAAAUGGCUUCACAUCUAUUGUUUGAUUACUUCCACGUAAAUGUUGUAUUUCAAUCAUACAAGAAAAUGGCACAACAUCGUAAUGCAUUGUCAUCAUCAAGCGAUUACAGAUCGUUUCAGCUGGCAAUUCUAAAAGAAGCUUUAUCCAAGACAAUCAGUGACAUUGAUCUCAGUUUUUCUCAGGAAGCUAUUACAAACAACUUUUUCUCUGGCUCUACUGCUGUUGUUGUUCUUUUGUUUGAUGGGCAGAUUUUAGUUGCCAAUGUUGGUGACUCAAAAGCUCUUCUCUUGUCCGACAAAAUUAGUACUCAGACUGAUUCAGGAAUUGGAGGUGAUUCCACGGUGCAUAUCUCCGCAACAGCACUAACAGAUGAUCAUCAUCCAGUCAGAGAAGAUGAAAGAGCUCGAAUUGAAGCUGCUGGUGGUUCUGUCAUCAUGAGGGGUGUGCCUCGAGUCAAUGGGGUGCUUGCCAUGUCUCGAUCAAUCGGUGAUGUAUAUUUGAAAAGGUAUGGAGUUAUACCUGAGCCUGAGUUUACAGGUUGGCGACUUUUAACUGCAAACGACAUUUAUUUGGUGGUUGCAUCUGAUGGUAUAUUUGAGAGCUUGACGCAACAGGAUAUCGGUGAUCUUAUUUUUGAAUGUAAUUCGCAUCUCCAAGGAAGUCAAGACUCGAAAUUGUCGCAUUCAUGCCUGUCUUCAACCUCAAUAGCAGAUUGUAUAGUAAAUACAGCAUAUGAUAAAGGCAGCUAUGAUAAUUUGUCUGCUAUUGUAGUACCCUUAAGACAAAUUUCUUGAAUGAUUUCGAGCAUGUAAAUUAAUUGUUUGGCUCUAGAAAUGGAAUUUCCCCUAAAAAUUCUUGGCAAGAGCUGUGAAUUGAAAAAUAUUUGUUUCUGAAACUAUUUUAUCCUUGCGUGAUUCCAAGAA